AUGAGCAACGAUUCUGAAAAGCCAUUUAGUGCACGCCCCGAGUGGGCAGAUGUCACGCCCGUGUCCCAAGAUGAUGGUCCAAGCCCACUUGUUCCAAUUGCCUACUCUUCUGCUUACUCGGAUGCAAUGAGUUACUUUCGAGCAAUCUUGCAAACCAACGAAUAUAGUCCUCGCGUACUGGAUCUCACUGCCCAUAUCAUUCGCCUUAAUCCCAGUCACUACAGUGUGUGGAAAUACCGCCAAGAUGCCGUAAUUGCGAGGGAUGCAGAUCUCCUGAAGGAGUUGGAAUUUGUGGAAGAGAUGGCAGAGGACCAGCCAAAAAGCUACCAAACAUGGCACUAUCGACAGGCCAUAAUACGGAAGCUCGGCGAUGCGUCGCGGGAAGUGGAAUUCAUCAAUCGAAUGCUCCAUAUUGACUCGAAGAAUUAUCACGCGUGGUCAUAUCGUCAAUGGGUCAUCUCUACCUUCGAUUUAUGGGAUGGAGAAAUGGCGGAUACCAAUCGCUUUCUGGACAUGGAUGUGCGUAAUAACUCUGCGUGGAACCAGCGAUAUUGGGUGUUGAAAAAUCGUCCAAGUGGUUUCACGGAUGAAGAUAUUGCGGCGGAAGUGAAAUAUGCUUUAGAGAUGAUCUAUUUGGCACCGCGUAAUGAGAGUCCAUGGGCUUAUCUUCGUGGAAUAGUGGCACUCGGUGGCAAGACUCUUGACGAUUUCCCUUCUGUGGAAGAGACCUGCAAGGAUCUUUCCGAUAAAGGGCAAUCCAUACCACAUGCCCUCGCCAUGCUUUUGGAUAUGAAGGUAGCGGUAAAGGAUGUUGAUGAAUGUCGCAGGAUCUGCGCGAUAUUGGAGGAAAAUGAUCCAAUUCGCCAAAAGUAUUGGAAAUAUCGGGCAGAAAGUGUCAAAUGA